AUUACCGACUAAAGGGUCACUCGGUAUCAGUUACGUGAAACAUUUGCAGUUACCAUUCACGAUUACAGUUUACAACUUAAGAAAUAUAGGUUACGAUACAUAAAAUUCUGCACAUUAAAAACAAACUAUGUUCAAAUUAACCUCAAUUUGUUCCUACAACUGUAACAACUAGGCUCCAUAAAUAAAAGUGAAGUAAAAGUUCAUUCUUGAUCAUCGUCGGCGCGCUUCAAUGGAUCGGAAGGAAAUGAAUGUCGGAAAAUAAAUUGACACACAUGCUGUUAUCAAAUCGUUCUAAUGCCCUCCUCCCGUCGAGUUAAGGGCCACGAUAAUGUACCGCGGCCACCCGAAACGGGUCUAGUGCGUGUGGUGCGUUUGAUAGCGAUUCAAUUAUGACACCUCGAAGGCUGUUUUAUGUAGCAUAACUCAUCGCCGUAUGCAAAUCACUGCUACGUAGAACUUGGACCUGAUUGUCGCACGGGCGUUAUUAACCCAGCACUCACCGUUGCGAAGGCUCAGUUUCGUGGUGAAUCCUAAAGCGAGCAGUCAUGACCCGUUGUUGGAUAGUUUCUGUAGUGGUGGUAGUGCUAGGCGUUGUUAGCACGGCAAGAUCGGCCCCAUCGGAAGACGGGAGGAUUAUCAACGGAAAAGAUGCGGAACUGGGACAGUUUCCGUACCAAGCCUUGUUAAAAAUCGAGACGCCUCGAGGUCGAGCAUUGUGCGGUGGUAGCGUUGUGAACGAGGAGUGGAUCCUUACGGCAGGACAUUGUGUGCAGGACGCGUCCUCAUUCGAAGUUACGAUGGGAGCGAUAUUCCUGAGGAGUACGGAAGAUGAUGGACGAGUGGUGAUGAACGCUACGGAGUAUAUCCAGCAUGAGGACUACAAUGGACAAAGUGCUUCGAACGAUAUCGCCGUCAUUAAGUUGCCGUCAAAAGUUCAGUUCAGCAACCGAAUCCAAGCGGUUCAGCUUCCGACGGGACACGAUGACUACAACCGUCGGAUGGCCACGGUCAGCGGAUGGGGUAAAACCAGCGACAUGGGAGGAGUGGCCAAGCGUUUGCAGUAUGCCACGCUUCAAGUGAUCCGCAACAGUGAAUGCAGACUGGUAUAUCCGGGUUCGAUCGAGACGACCACUCUGUGCACACGAGGUGACCAACAGUCCACUUGUAACGGAGAUUCCGGCGGUCCGCUGGUUCUCGAAGAUGACAAAACACUGAUUGGAGUGGUCAGUUUUGGUCAUGUGAUUGGUUGCGAGAAGAAACUGCCAGUUGCGUUCGCACGUGUUACCGAGUUUGCCGAUUGGAUACGGGAGAAAACGGGAAUGCCUGCAGCGGAAGGGGGCAAUGGUGAGGGACAGUCCAGAUGACUAGAAAAGGUGUUGGAAAAGUCAUCGAAAAUGUUUCAUAUGUAGACGAGGACAGUCGUUCAAUGUUGAUCAAUAAUUUUGCAGAUUCAAUUCAGUUGUUUUGGACAGUUUCGUAGAAAAGUAAUUGAAAGCCGAAAAACAACUUAAAAAAUUAAAAUUAAAAUCAGUUAAAACUACUUGUGCAAAUAUGUUUAUAAGUAACAUGUAAAAAAAAUCUAACACCAGAAAAACAGUUUACUUUUGUAGCGAUGUCAAACACCGAAAUAACAACCUAAAAAAGACUCUAUAGAGAAGAAAACUUUCAAGUGAGUUAUUAUAAUUUUGAAUCAUAAACACUGAACACGGUGAGAGGCAAAACACUUUGACAAUCACAAAUGGUGUUUAUUUUCUAAUAGUGUUUCAAUUAGGUAUAUUCCAUUUUACAUAUUUGCACCAGGUGAAGGACACUUUCUCAUAUUUUCCCAAAUUGAAUACUUAGCUCGUACUUAUUAGUAGUAUUUUUAUCCGUUUUAUAGGCUUUUUAGCGAAUUUCUCUUUAGAAGUAUAUAAUAUAUCAUUUUCAUCAUCUCA